AGCUCGAGCUUAAAACAGCAAACCCCGCUCUUCCUAGUGCCCCAGGUCUUCCUGCUGCCUGCCCCUGCCUGCCUGCCUGCCUGCCUGCCUGCCUGUCUGCUCCCUCUCUCCAUACACACACACACACACAUUCAUACAUGCACUAUGGAUCAACAUCCACCAGCAGGAGGGAUAACUUGGGCCAAGGAUACCGGGCCAGGAAACGGACCAGUGGCUGAUUCCUAUCACACACGCCAGGCUGGAGUGGACGAUAGAGGUCCUCACAUCACCUUCAUGCCCGACAGUCUUUUGCCCGCCGUCCCGCAGACAUCGCCGUCACGCCAUAGCCCGUCCCUUUCUCGCAGCAGCAGCAGCAGCGUCGGCGUGUUCUCGGGCGCCGGCCUGUCAAAGUCAAACUCGACAGCAUCGCGCCGGCUCUCAAUCACGUCACAUAUCUCGCUGCGUGCCAUUGGUGACAUCCCUUUCGGCGAACUCAGGAUACACACGGACGACGACGCAUCCGACUCCGAGGCCACUGAAACAGACCCAAGAGACUCGGGCAAUGACGCAGCGGAACCGCGUUCGCCGCAGAGCUGUCUCAAGAGUGGCGAAAUCUUCAGGCUUAUCGACUUGCCGCCCAAGUUCACCGUAGGCCUCGACUACAUGGCCAUAACCACCGACAACAAGGUCUUGGGCUUCCGCGAUAUCCCUCGUGGGCCGCACUUUCUCUGGGUACAGCAGCCACGUGCCCUAUCUCGCUGCGGGUAUUGGUACAUCACCAAGGAGGAGGCUGUGGUGCGGGUCAAGCAGUGGGAUAGCUACAACGAGGUCCUUGGAGACGCCGCCAGUCAGUUCGAGGUCCGCACCCAAAAGGCCAGUAUCGGGACAAUCUACACCCAGCUGAUGCCCUAUGAUUUGCGCCACCGGCCCCCCAAUUCUGCCGCGUCGCCUACGCACUUACCCUCUUCUUUGGCCCGGGACCCUGGCUUCGAGAACCACCCCCCUUCAAUAUGGUCGCAAUUGACCAAGGCGAUUUCAGAACCCUUCCUCCGCCGGGUCACGGGUAAAAGGACGGCCGACACAUGGCUGGUGGACUCGACGGAUUGUGUCAAAGGGGACUCCAAUAUCGCCAGGAACCACAACACGGCCAGCAAGGCAUACAAGACGGUUGUGGGUAGCGAGCUGGACUUUUUGUUUGCGCAGGACUUUCAAGAUUUGCGUCUCCUAGAUUCCGGGUCCCUGAGGCAGCUUGCUGUAGACACGUCAACGCGUAUCAUACAACAGUUGAAUAACGACAAGGCCCCCGUUGCCCAAGAUGACAUCAUCGCCGAGUUGCAGUUCACCUUCAUAACCGGGACCCACCUCGGCAACGCCGCGUGUCUCGAGCAAUGGUGGCAUCUCGUUCUCAUGAUCGUUCUGAGGGCGUACCGGCUUUGCAUCUUGCGGCCUUACCUGUGUCAAAGCCUGCUAAACACGCUGCACGCACAGCUAGUCUACACUGAAGAGUACGUCGAGCCUCCGCAGCGAGACAAGGCUAGCAGCCCCGGCGAUGUUGUCGAGGCCGGCCCGAGCAGUGAGAGGCUCAUCUACCAGUUCGCCCCGCAGAACAGGAGGAAACUCCGAAAGGCGCUAGAGCAGUACAAGCGUCGGCUAGACGAGAUACUAGCUCCUCAGGGGAAGAAACUUGCCCCCGAGCAAAAGGAGGUCUUCUCGGCGUUUACAGCCCUCGAGACCUGGCUCUGGAGGCACGACUGGGACUUGCGAGCCGACGCAAAUGAUUGGGAUAUCGGCCCGGACCCAGCUAUGGAAGAUAGCGAUGACGACCAGCCUGUGAUUGUUGAUCUAGACGAGAAUGGGCGCGAGGUCGGACUCGUAUCUUUCCACCACGACUAACUCGGGCUAGGCUAGACAGGGGUUUCCAGUGUUCGUGGCUAAUACUUGUGAAUAUUGCUUGCUUGACUGAAAUAUGAAGGAGGUGGACGUUUGGAUCUUCAUGUUUUGAUUUUAUGUUGGCUUCCGUUGUAUUGACAUUGAGGGGGGCAGGACAGGGGUUUUCUUAUUAGGUGUGUGGGAUUUAUGGAGUGGGAAAAGGGGCUGGGGUUUAUUGCAUGGUAUGGAUUGUUCAGCUUCCCCUUUUUUGUUUGCUUUUUUGUUCCUGACGGGUAUGACAUGACGAAUUGUGAAACAAUGUGUAUUUAAAGGCUACAAACUUGCCAUCUAAUAUCUAAUAGCAUAAUCUUAAUGGGG